AUGGUAUACCUGUCAAGGGAGAUGGCGGUCAGCUCUCAAACGGGCUCCUACUCCUACCUUGUCCGGUCCCAAGAAGACCACCGGAGGAUGCUCAUGGUACGCUUCUUGGCUUGCAUUGACCUUGCACAUGAUCGCUACCCGCCGGAAGAAUUAUUCACCACACGGGAUGGUGUUAGCUCCCGCAUGGAGGUCUUCGAGGUGGACGUUAUUGGGAGGCGGCUGAUCCCACUGAACGGCAUGGGCAAAUAUGCAGCAUUCGUUGGUAAGAUUUAUUCUGUCAUGCUUCCUACUGACAAGUUUCCAAAGCUUGCUCCCAAUUCGGUGUACCUCAACUACCGCCACCAGAAAUGGUGUGACUUGGGCAUCUACUGCUUCAAGGACAGGAGGAUAAGCCCACCAAGGGAGUUCACACAGGGUACUUAUCGGAGGUUAUUCCCUUGUGCCUGCCACUGGGAGCUUGCUGAUUAUCUAAUGGUCGACUCGAACAGCUGA